UUCUCUAGAAUCGUCUUGUUUGAAGUCUGAGUGUCUUGUAGUUUGAUUAGUUUGAUUACUCGAUUAAAUAUGAAUAAUUCACAAGAAAUGUCGAAUGAGAUAUUAAAAAUUGUAGAAGAAGCUUCUCAGAAAAUUUUGAAUUCUCAUAAAACUACAGAUGGGGAUGAUUCCAUGUCGAGAACAGCUCAGCAGUUUAUGGAAUUGUUUUCAAAGAACUUGACAACAGCCAUUGAAAUUGCUUUCGAAGGAGAUGAUGAAGCAGCAGCAGGCACAGAGAUGAAUUUAAAAGAAGAUGAAGAGGAAUACAAUGAAGCUAUUGAGGAUGUCAUCUAUAAACGAAAACAAGGAACCAAGAUGUGCAAAGACGUCCUAGAGAAGACACUGGCCAUUGAAAAGAAGGCAGCGUUGGCUGUGGAGGUCAACCCAGGAGUAGUCAAUGUGCAAGAGUUUGAGAGACAGCCAGUACCAUACAAAAAAGAGGAACUCAAAGUUUCAACCAAGAAAACUUUGAGCAACAUAAAGUCCUCUGCAUUUAAAGUGCUUGAUUUAAACCACCGGGUGGAAGAACUCGUAGAAGCCGCCAACAUUAUCUCAAAAGAAGUUGAUGCUGUUGAAUUUUGAUCCACUUAUUCAAAUUUGUGAAUGUCCCAAAGAUGUAUGGAUACCAGGUAUUGUAAUUAAAAUAAAAUGAGUUAUAUGUUG